AUGAGGCGGCUGUGGCACUUUAUUUUCCCUCCACCUCCUCCGGAGCCUCCGAAGUGGGUCCCCAUCCUUGGAGAGAUGCAGAAGACCCUUCAGAUGGCCGAGUACCUGCCCCUCCGCCCGCUGCCCAUGUUCGAGAGUAACUUUACCCAGGUAACCAACAAUGGGACUCCUGCGUUAUUGCACAACAAAUCCAACAAGCUGACUAUGGGUGUUGCGGCAUCCUUGCCUGGCCUAGUGCUGCCUGACAUUCUGUUGAUUGCUCGGCCCCCUGAGGACCAGGAGUCCUCCAGUCUCAUCCUAACCAGAAUGAUCCCAUUAGACCUUGCCCGCCUGUAUGUCCAUGAUCUGCCCACCUGGCGACUGAAGCUGCGUCUGAGAUCUGGCCGUCACUAUUUCCUGGCACUGGAUGCCCCUGAACAUGAGCUGGCCUUUCUGUUUGACCGCUGGAUUCGCCUCAUCAACAUGCUUCGUGGGCCUAAAUUAUCCCGGACACCAAAAACGGAACGCUCCCUGCUGGAAGUACCCCCAGAAGUCACUCCUGCCUCCACUUGGCACUUUCAGGUCCAGUCUCAAGGCAAACUUACAGUUGAAGUUGCUGACCCCACCUUUCCUUGCAAAAUAUUCUCUUCUCAUAAACCAAAGAAGACCAAGAUGAAGCUGACCAAGCCAAUCAAGCACUCGCUCAGAUCUCAGGCUGUGGGUGACUCUGUGCCUCUCAUCUGGUCACAACUGCAAUCUUCUGAGGAUCAGAUGAAUGUCACAAAAAACAAGUCCUAUCUACAUGGCCGCUCUGACAGACCUGAACCUCUAAUCCAUGUUUCUGAUAAGGCCAGCCUCACCAUCCGGACCAUCUUCAGCAUCAUCUCUAACACGAUAAACCAGGCCCACAAAUCUGAUUCUGAGGAAGACGCAAGCCAGGGUCGUCUACUUGAGACUCCUUCAAGGUGCAUCUCACAGAACGACACUAGUUUCCCUGUCGUAGUCGCCUCUGAUCACCUGAACACCCUCCUGUGGGCACAAAACCUUGACGAUCUCAGGAAUCCUGAAUUCGCCACCCUAUCUUCCUUGAGCACAUCUUACCCUCCUGCCUUCUACAUCUUUCCGCCCAAUCCUCCCUUUCCGAAGUCCAAAGACAAAGCCAGACCCACAGGCUCAAAGAGACACGUGAGCCCACCGCCUUCCCACAAAGCUUCAUCUGUCCCCAUCGAAUCAAGGAAAAUGCCGUUCAUUUUGGACCAGUCUAAUAAGGUGCCAGCUGAGCCUGCUCCAGCUCAGAUGGCCUCAGCCCUUCCCAGUCCGUCUCGGAAGACCCCAACUGCACUGUGGUCAAGAGGGAAGUCUUCAGCUGCACCUGGCCAUGUCUAUAAGUCUCAGCCUUCUGUUUCCCAGAAGACCCCAACCACCCCUGGGUACCCCUGGAAGCCCCAAGUUAUAACUGCCCCAAGCCAGAAAACUUUAACACCAAAUCAGAAGCUUCUACAAGUACCUACACAUUCCCAGAAAGCCAUGCACCCCAAAAAGGACCACCUACUUGUAAAUGCCCCUUCUCAGAAGGACCCAACUGCCCCGUACCAGAAAGCUCUCGACUCAUGGGCAAAGGCCCCUGGGGAUCCCAGGACGUUACAGGGAGGAGACAUGCUUGAGAGAAAGACUGAAGGGACACAGGAACCUGUGCUGUUAGUGGAACAGCAGAGUACAAUGGUGGUAGAUGUGAGGGCCCAGACCAUGCCCCUGCAUCUGCCCUUUGCCACUACCAAGAAGCAGUCCAAGGAGAUCUUGAUUGGCAAAACCCAAGAGGCUUUGAAGGGCAGGGAAAAGUUAGAAGACAGGGCCCACAAUAUGGAGGAGGAGACAACUGUGAACUUGCCCAAUCUAAAGUCCAAGGAGACAGAGAUGCAGAAGUGGGUCUUGACCGAGGAGAUCGCUGUUGAGAGCCCCUAUAGAGAGGACAGUAGGCCCUUCUCUGCAGAGGAGCUCGCCCUUGCCAAGAUGAAGAUUAUGGCCAACUCCAAACACCAGCAACUGAAGCCAGCUACCGUCUCUCUGCCCUCCUCAUUCUCGAUGACUUCCAAUGUGUCUUCCAUGUCCAUGUUGGCUAAUUUGCCCUUUAACACCAGCCGGAUGACCUUUCCAGAUGGAUCACAAGUAGUGGUCAUAGAACAAUCAGGGUCCCAUACUAAAGUGAACAAGGAGAAUACGUGGCACCAGAUGGAGAGGAAGCCUGCAGAGGACUUGCCAGUAAACAGCAACCCAAGGAUUUAA